AACCUAUCCCACAAGAUUGACAAGAGGGGUGGCAAAAAUGUUGAGUUACAGUUCUGCCGGCGUUCACAUAUUUGAUCUCCGGGGAAUUGGGUAAGAGUAUUACAAGGUGGAAAUCGAACCCUAAAGUUGAAAUUUCAGUAACCAAAUGUGAAAUUAGUUGUUGAUAAAGCUCAAAUCAAUAUAUUAUGGAACACCAACUUCCGAAUCGCAACAGGAAUUGCAGAUGGUGGCUUAUGGUCAAGUCCAGCUAUCAAUUUCUGUCCAGAAACAUUUCUCCUAAUUCAGUCUGGUUGUAGAAAACAAUCUGGAAGAGUGCUGCACCAGAAAAGAUGCAAUGUCGACAUGUGCUGAUCUAAUGAUGAUAAGGUUCAUGCAAAAGACACCUUUAGGCAGCGAAUCAGACAAACAGAACACUGUACCAACACCGACAACAUUGAUAUAUAAAGUUCGGAUUCCUUGAUGCUGUUCUUCAUUGUGGCUUCUGGCAUUGGAGAUAUUCUCUUUCUCUUUUAAGAUAUUUUCACUGUAAGUGAACGUGAGGGUCUCACAGUACAGCUUUCUGAAGCCUCAACAGAUCUUCGCCAUUAUGUCGAUCGUGCGUAAAUUUUUUUCAAGCGCAACGGUAUUAUCAUCAGUCAUUCUGACUAUCCUAGCUGUUGUCAUCUACGCUAUAAGCCCCCCUGAUGACUCAUGGGUUCUUGUGGGUGUCAUUGCUAUACAUGUUGUCCCGGUGAUAGUAGUUGUAAUGAUAUAUGAAAUUUGUUCUAUACGUCAAGCUAGAGACAGAGAAAGGAUUGCACCGGUUAACCACUUGAUUGAUUCUGAUGAACUUCAUUACGAUGUGCCUCCAUUAGAAUCAUUUCCCACCAGAAGACGAUUGCAAGACCUGAGGCUCCAAAUUGCUAAUCUAAACCGUGAAGUUGAUGAGUUUGAACACCAUACCUACGGAGAGUUAUCUUCUAUCUUCAGAAUUCCUUCUGUGAAUGACGAAGAGAUAGAUGCUUGUCUAGAGAGUGAGGAUGCUCCACCGGAACAGGCCUCAUCUUCUUCAACCUCAGCCUUAGCCUCAGACCAGGAAUCUAUGACAAUAGGUGUGCCCGACGAAGAUGGUUCAUCUGAUGAAUUGAUAUGUAAUAUUUGUUUGGAGCCAGUUAUUGAGGGAGACCUUGUUUGUUGCUUUCCCUGUAUCCAUCAGUUCCAUGCUGUAUGCCUUGAUAAAUGGCUCGAGUUGAGUCCUACCUGUCCAGUCUGUAACUUAUGCUGAAGUCAGGAAGUAUGAAAUGGUGUGACGAGUAACGAAGCUUAAAACUCUAUGUUUGAAGAAUAAAUGAAUUCUUAUAAGAAUUCUCUACUCUAGUUUGCAGACUUAUUGAAGCAGUAUGUAAAAUUAGUAGGCAGAAGCCUAUACUAUUUCCCUUUUGAAGUUGUGUGUGUUUCAAGUUUGGUUUGUUUGAAGCAGAAUGUACUAUUUCCCUUUUGAAGUUCUAUGUAAUAAAAGUUCAAGUGUGUUGAAGCAAUAUGUAACUUAAAUGU